AUGCUGGAGCUCGCUGGAGUUUUAUUAUGUGUGACCUUUUUGAGUGCCUCAUCUUUGGGUGCGAGUGCCGGACCUCGGCUGGAUAAUGACAAACUCUACAGAUACAGCUACAGCACUGAGGUCGGGCUGAACAGACCAACAGGUUCCACCAGGGGGAAUGCCGGUUUCAGGAUCAACAGCGAUGUGGACAUCAGUCUCGUCUGGAGGAACCCAGAGAACCAGGAUGAACAGCUAAUUCGACUGCAGAUUUCAAAUGUUCGAAUUGAGAAUGCUGUAAAGCGUUCCCGCAAAAACAACAUCUUCCAUGGCAGCUCGACAGAAAGCAUUGUGGGUAAAAACAGACUUGAAGCUCUUCAGAGGCCUUUCAUUGUGCUCUGGAAGAUGGGCAAGUUAAGAAGCAUGUACGCUUACAAGACGGAGCCUGCUACCAUCAAAAACUUGAAAAGGGGCGUGGCCAGCAUGUUAAUGAUGCAGUUCAAAUCUGGGAAGAUGUUGGAGGCUGAUGCUUCAGGAAAGUGUUUAGUGGAGUACAAAGCCACUAAAGAUCAAGUGAUCCGUACAAAGCACAUGGAGACUUGCAAAAAACAGGAGAAGGGAUUCACCACCAACAGCCCAGUGUUGGGUGUCAGUGGAAAGUGUACUUUAGUUACAGUUAUCAAUCUGGAGAAUGGAAUCAUCAAGUCUGCUAAUACAGAAGAAUCACACACGCUGUCUGUCAAUGCUCGCCAUUCAGCUGCUACUAGAGUCAUGUCCAGUCAGUCGCUGACACUCAACAAGAUCGAGGUUGGCCCUGUUGAAGUGGGGGGUAAGGAUGCUGCCAGCGUGGUGAAAUCUCUGGAUGACAAACUCAUGUCUGUUGGAGUCGUAUUGGAGAAAGUUAAAGCAAAAUGCAAAGGAUGUCCCAAUUUAAUGGACACAUGGAAGGCGGUGAGAUCCCAGCUGGAGCCAGACUUGCUCUCUAAAGCCACGGCCCCGCGAAGCUUCAUGACGCUCUUACACAGCCUGCGCAGAGCUAACAAAGAAGAAAUCCUGACAAUACUGCGCAACUGCAGCAAGAACACACUACCUCAGCUGGUGGACGCAGUGACAUCAGCUCAGACUUCAGAUUCUCUGUCAGCCAUCCUUGAGUUCCUGGACUUCAGAAAGAAAGAAGGUUUAGUGCUGCAGGAGCGCUUCCUGUACGCAUGUGGUUUCGCCUCACACCCUACAGAGAGUAUGCUGCAGUCCCUGCUGCACAUCUAUCAAGGGAAGAUUGGCAGUUCAGACAUUAAGGAGUCUGUGGUGAUUAUCAUGGGCGCUUUGAUUAAGAAACUCUGUUUGAAAGGAGCAUGUGAACUAUCGACAGUGGUUAAGGUCAAGGAGCUGUUGCUGGCAGGGCCCGACACGCAGGAGGAGUCAGAGGUGCAGAUGUACCUUUUAGCGCUAAAAAACGCUCUCCUGCCAGACGCUGUUCCUCUCCUGACCAAAUAUGCCGAGUCGGAGGUGGGAGCAUUUAGCACCAUUGCCAUCACAGCCCUGCAGAGAUACGACACUGCACUUAUCACAGAGGAGGUGAAGAAAACUUUAAACCGCUUGUACCAUCAGAACCGUCGUAUUUAUGAGAAGAACGUACGCUCGGCCGCAGCCGAUUUGAUUAUGAGCAGUAAUCCAUCCUACAUGGAAGUGAAGAACCUCCUGCUGUCCAUCGGACACCUGCCACACGAGAUGAAUAAAUACAUGCUGUCUAAAGUCCAGGAUAUACUGCGCUUUGAGAUGCCGGCCUGUAAAAUGGUACGGCAAGUUAUGAAGGACAUGAUUUCUCACAACUAUGACCGAUUCUCCAAGUCUGGGUCCUCGUCUGCAUAUUCAGGCUUCAUGGCACGAAAUGCUGAUAUCUCUUGCACUUACAAUUUGGACAUCCUGUACUCUGGCUCAGGCGUAUUGAGGACAAGCAACAUGAACAUUUACGCCCAGAGCAACAAUGCCCUUCUGCAUGGCCUUCAGGUAUCAAUUGAAGCGCAGGGUCUUGAGUCUCUGAUUGCAGCCACGCCGGAUGAGGGAGAGGAAGAUCUGGAGUCUUUCGCUGGAAUGUCUGCUCUGUUGUUUGACGUGCAGCUCCGCCCGGUGACCUUCUUCAAGGGCUAUAGUGACCUGAUGUCCAAGAUGUUCUCCAUGUCUGGAGACCCCAUCAAUGUCGUGAAGGGCCUUAUUCUGCUGACAGACCACUCGCAUGUGAUCACUCUCCAGUCUGGUAUUAGAGCCAAUGCUGAGUUCCAAGGCAGCCUGGCCAUUGAUAUUUCUGGAGGAAUGGAGUUCAGUUUGUGGUACAGGGAGUCUAAGACCAGCGUCAACAACAGGGGAGCGCUGGUUGUCAUUGGCAACAUGACGGUGGACAUGGACUUCGUAAGUGCUGGGGUGGAGGUGAGUUUUGAGACAGAAGCUGCCUUGGACUUCAUCACCACCGUGCAGUUUUCCGAAUACCCCUUCCUUGUCUGCAUGCAGAUGGACAAAACCACCUUCCCAUUCAGAGAGAUGGUGUCCACGCAGGAGAAGCUGCCCUCGGGGCAGAAUUUCAGCUCCAGGAGAAGUAGAGAACAGCUGGUGCCAGGCUCAGAAUUCCCUCUACACCAGGAGAACUCUAACAUGUGCAAGAAAGUCUUCGAGCAGAGCUGGUAGUCUAGCCGGGACUGCUCCGGAUGCUUUUUUACACAAGCAACCACACAUUUUCGUGUUUAUGUGUGGUUUGGGAUGGCUGAAUGUGAAAUGACUUUGAGCCACUCAAGCUUGCGAAGAGUUUUACUUAAAGGGACCUAACAAUAAAUACUGCCCACAUUUUAAAACGAUUAGCACAAAUUCAACCCAUUUUUGCCAAAACACCGGAAUACAUUUUGAUGUUUGACAAAAUGCAAAAACCAAUGGCACUCAUCGUUUGACGAAACUAUCAACCCGUAAAAAAAGACAUUUAAAAUGCAUUAUAACAGGUCCAUUGAAAGACUGUGUAUUUGAGGUGCUACUGUGUUAUUUAUUUAAUCAGAGGGCAGAACACACUUCAUCCCUCCACAGGCAGUUCAGACAGCCUGGUUUCCAUGACUACACCAGAUGUUUACAUUCUUCA